AUGAACACUCUUUUUCUUCUCGCCUCAUUGACCGCCGGCGCCCUUGCGCAAAAUGCAGCAAUCGGACUGCCUAAGGCACAGGAGUCCAUCCAAGCAGGUGCUAAUAACCUUGUCGUUCAAGUUCAACGUCCUAAUACCCUGACCGGCUCCGAAGAGGUCGCAGUCGUUAUUGGGAUCCAAUCUUGCGCGGACUCUCCCUGUCGGGACCCAAAGGAUGUGAUGGGGCACAUCCUGUACAAUGGACCGUUUAAACCCGUAUACCAUGAGGCCAGUCUUCCUCCGUACCAGAACUUUACGGUGACUGUUCCCAAGUCGGUCGGAGCGGGCAAAGCAGUGAUCGGCGUGGCGCAUGUGGCGCUUGUUGGGGCUGGACCGUUCCCUAUGCUGCAGACAUUGGAACAGUCUGUCCAAAUUGCUUGA